AUUGCCAUGCAUUCUGCAAUUUGGACAGCUGAGGGCGCCCUUGUACAGGCGAAGAACGAGCGAGUGCCGCAGGAACAGCGUGCUGCAAUAGGCGCCCUGCUCGCCUUUAGAAUCUGUCACAAGCCGUCGUUCGAGGAUCGUUGUCUGCAUCAGCACCACGAACAGCGCUCGCCUCUGCUCCCACCAGCCUGGACAUAGACAGAAAGCUUCUCAUCGUGUGGGAAGAGAGGAAUAAGGAUGGUGAAGCUGGGGAGUAAUCUGAGUGACAAGAACACUAAGGAAGCUUCUGCUGAAGAUGGCUUUCAGACGGUGCCUUUGAUCACACCCUUGGAUGUAAAUCAUCUGCAGUUUUCUGCUCCAGAAAAGGUACUCUUAAAAACUAGACCACACAGGGACUCUCAGCAGGUUAGGAAAAACAAAAUACGACAGCCCCGCACACUGUGCGAAUUUCAGCUGCCCUUCACCGACGGAAUACUUGAACAACUUUCUGUUACAAUCCUCAUAAGUCUGGCACUUGCAUUCCUCGCCUGCAUAGUGUUCCUUGUGGUGUACAAAGCCUUCACAUAUGAUCACAGCUGCCCAGAUGGAUUUGUCUACAAGCAUAAGAGGUGCAUACCAUCCUCCUUGGAUGCAUACUACUCUGCGCAGGAUUCCAACUCGCGGGGAAGGUUUUACACUGUAAUCAGCCACUACAGCAUGGCUAAGCAAACAAGUUCCAGAUCCGUCUCCCCGUGGCUUUCUUCAAGUUCCGUUAACCAUGAAACCAAGUCUAGUAAACCCGAAGGUCACUAGAAGGUCAAGUAGACAAGGAACUUCCCUGCUUCUUGAGUCCAAGGAUCGGCUCAGAUAAGGCGCCACACUGAAGAUGCAAAAUGAAAAACAAACUUGCGGGGGUUAUUAACAGAGAACAAAAAAAGUUUCUUUUUCCGUGCAUUGUUAUUGUUAAUUUGUAACCAAGUCACAACCUUGUACAAAGGCAUGUUCAAUGUUUACUGUUAUCUUGCAAUGUAUAAAUAGU